UUUGGCAUCUCUGGUCAUUUCUGACAUAUCGCUUCCAUUUAUCCUGAACAAAACUCGCUCUUGCUUUGUUCAAUUGGUGAACACUUAUUAUAUUUUAGGAUUUUUUUCGAGUUUUUAUUCGAAACAAUCGAGCGAACUCAAGUGUAUUUCAGAAGACAGCGUAUAAUUUAUUUUAUUUGGUUUACUACAAAAAAAAACUACAUUACAUUUAUUAACAUGGGAGUACCCAAGUUUUUUCGCUAUAUAAGCGAACGUUAUCCUUGCUUGAGUGAACUGAUCCGCGAAAACCAGGUUCCUGAGUUCGACAACUUGUAUCUGGAUAUGAACGGCAUCAUACAUAACUGCUCCCAUCCAAACGAUUCGGAUGUGUUCUUUCGCAUUACGGAAGAGAAAAUAUUCAGCGAUAUCUUCCAUUAUCUUGAAUUUUUGUUUCGGAUGAUUCGUCCUCGGAAAUUGUUCUUUCUCGCUGUCGACGGAGUGGCACCACGGGCUAAAAUGAAUCAGCAACGUGGGAGACGAUUUCGGUCGGCUCGUGAAGCUCAAGAACAGGCGGAACAGGCAGAAAAGAAAGGACACGUACUUCCUACUGAGGCCCGCUUCGACAGUAACUGUAUUACGCCUGGUACAAGUUUUAUGGCCAGACUGCAGAAAGCUAUGGAACAUUUUAUCAAGAUCAAAGUGAGCACAAACCCUCUGUGGAAACACUGUAAAGUGAUUCUGAGCGGUCACGAAACACCGGGAGAAGGUGAACACAAAAUCAUGGAGUACAUAAGAUACCUCAAGGCUUCUCCUGGUUUCGACCCGAACACACGCCACUGCCUGUACGGGCUAGAUGCGGACCUGGUUAUGCUGGGUCUAUGUACGCACGAGAAGCAUUUCUCUUUACUUCGAGAAGAAGUAAAAUUUGGCAAAAACGAGAAGAAAAGUUCUAUCGUGGAAGAAACCAGGUUCUAUUUACUGCAUUUAACUCUAAUGUCGGAGUAUUUGGAACUUGAGUUUGCACCUGUACGUGAUAAGUUAAGUUUUGAAUUUGAUAUAAACAAGUUAAUCGAUGAUUGGGUUCUGAUGGGGUACAUGGUGGGAAAUGAUUUUAUCCCUCAUCUACCUCAUCUACAUAUAAAUGAGAACGCGUUACCGACGUUAUUUCAAGCCUAUAUGGACGUAUUACCGUCACUCGAUGGAUACAUUAACGAAGGUGGUAUAUUAAAUUUACCACGUCUUGAGGUUUUCAUGGAACGAUUAUCGAAAUUCGAUAGAGACAUAUUUCUUGAACAUUAUACUGAUUUGCAGUACUUCAAAUCUAAGAGGGGACCAGACAACGUAAGAAUAAGUAAAAAAAUAUCAAUUCAAAUAAUCUUUGUAAUGUUUUUUUCCCAGAUGGAAGCGUUUGAUGUUACGCUAGAGGAAAUUAAAGCAGAACUUGAAACUAACUAUGAUUUAUCACAAUUGAUUCAGGCAACUGAAGAUAUGUUUCUCGACGACGAUGAAGAGCCGAAAACGCCUGGAGAUAUUGAAAAUGAUCCGGAAUUCUUCGAAAAGGAAUUUGCUGCCUACAAAAGAAAUUAUUAUAUUACAAAAAUGGGAUAUCAUGAGUUUAACAAUGAAGUUCGAGCAGAGCAAGCAGAAUGCUACAUACGAGCACUGCAGUGGACGUUGUUGUAUUACUAUAGAGGAGUGCCUUCUUGGGCAUGGUUUUAUCCACAUCAUUAUGCCCCAUUUAUUAGUGAUGUGCAUGAUUUUAAACAUCUUGCUGUCAAUUUCAACCUUGGAAAACCCUUCCUCCCUUUUCAACAACUCCUUAGUGUACUUCCAGCAGCGAGUAAGCAACAUCUUCCCUCUGCUUAUCACGAUCUCAUGACAGAUCCAGCCAGUCCCGUUUUUGAUUUCUAUCCUGCAAAUUUUGAUACCGAUCUUAACGGAAAGCAGCAGUCUUGGGAAGCUGUAGUCUUGAUCCCGUUUAUCGACGAAAAGCGGCUUCUUAAUGCUAUGGAACCAUGCGAUGCAUUUUUAACCGACGAAGAAAAGGAAAGAAAUGUUCAUGGUCCUAUGUUGCUCUUCCAGUAUGAUUCUAGUGGAAGUGCGCUGCUAGCCGCAAAUUACGGUUUUGAUGAUGUAGAACAGCUGAAAGUGAAAGAGAUUUUAAUAUAUCGGGAAGACCUGCAUGUUUCGUCAGACAAACUGGUUUUGGGACCGUCCAAGGGUGCCAUCUUGGAUGGAUACGUUAAAGGAUUUCCUACAAUGAGACAUUUGCAAUAUCAUGGCCUUCUCAAGGAACUACGCAUUAAAGUUUUCAACUAUCCCAGCCGCAACCCGAGCAUGAUUGUCGUGUUAGAUCGUCCUCAGAAUAGUGCAAAACCAACACAACAAGUGGCCCAAGAUCUACUCGGUCGAAUAGUUUAUGUCAGUUGGCCUCAUUUAAAUGAAGCCAAAGUAGUUAAAGUUACGGAUGCAACCAUGAUUUACGAAAAAGGUCAACAGCCACGCGAAAAUAAUGCCAAAUUUUUCGAAGGCUGCGUAAGAUCUAUAGUGGACCAUCACAGCAAUCGUCUGGGCAUCGAUUUAGGAAAAAUUGAUCAGUUGGUUCAUGUCAGAACAUGCGUUGGCACUGAGUACGUACUUAGGGAUGAUCGUUACGUACUGAACAAAUUAUGGAAUAAUGGAGAAAGUAUGUAUCCAAUACAAGCUGUAGUAACAGAUUUACGAGAGGUACUCAAGACUCUAAAGCCCUAUCAGGAACUGAACGAAAUGUUUCCGGAAGAUUGUUUAGUGUUUCUUCGAGGAACACAGUUUUAUGGGAGCAUGGGACGCAUAGUUGAUGUAACAGCUGGUCAUAAACGAAUAAAGACGCGCUUUGAAGUAUACGCUGAACCAAACCUGACCAAAGUGAUAGAUGUCAAUGAUCGAGUAAAAAAUCACUAUCUGAAUACUCAAGAUGCUGCCUCAAUGAUUGGUAUUUCACUCAACCUGUUGAAUAGGUUGUCUUCCACAAUAUUGAUAAUGCCUGGGAGCAGACGAUCGGUGCAAGCAGAUGAGCGUGGCAAAAUGAACAUCGGAUUACAGCUCCGAAUGCACACACAAAACGAAGAGACCGUUGGAUAUACUAAGAAGACAAAUAAAACGUGGAUGUAUUCGGAAAAAGCAAUACAGCUUAUCAAAGACUAUUACGAAAAGGUGCCGCAUCUGUUUGGACGUUUGGAGCAUUUCGGCAAAUAUGAUAACUUGUUCGAAGACGAAAUGUUUGGAGAAAACAAAGACGAUGGAAUAAGCCUGAAAGAAUUGAUGGCGUGGAUUAGUAGUCAAGACCACGUCAAGGCAGAAAAGAGAUCUUGUGGAACAAAAAUGCUUGAACCACCGGCCCUCGAAGAGCUUUUAAAGGUUAUAGACGACUGUCAGUGUAGGCAUCCAGUGUUGCACACUAUGUUCGUUCAUGCCAAAUAUCUUUUCAAACCGGGUAUGAAGCAAGCUAAAAUCAUAGAUCAUCAAGCGAAUUUCGAACUGCUGGACCGUGUAAUUGUAGCAAAAGAUACCGAGGUGGUACCACUAGGUUAUCGCGGAAGCAUUAUUGGAAUCCAUUAUGCUAGAGAUCCUAAUCCUGUACGCCAGGAGAGUGUAUCGAAGGAUGACAUGUACUUGGAUAUUUUGUUCGAUAAAGAGUUUCACAACGGUGUCAAAAUUUUUGGCCUUGAAAAAACCAACAACCGUGUAGUUCGACUGGCUGAAGGAGCUGUGCUUAAUAUAACUUUCGGAAGAGCGGAAGUAGAAUAUAAACCAGUAGACCCUUCACAGCCGAUCAUGCUCCCAGCAGAAGAGUUCCUUUCCGCAGGCAGAGCAAAUUUAAAGCAGCAACAAAAGUAUGAGGCUGUGCGAAUCGCACCUUCAAAGCCACCGCCCACUGCCGAAUCUAUAAAACGAAGACUUAGCGAACGCAUUGAGAAAAAGAAUCCAAUGAAGGCUUUCAUAAUGGCAAACCAAAAACCUCGUGAGGAUAGUGAGCAAAAUCUGCAAACAACCUGUGACUUCGAACUAACCUGGAAUAAACUAAGAGAAACUGUCCAAGCUUCGUGCACAUCGGAAAAGCGUGAUAUAAAAAGUUUCCUUGUUAAAAGCUCUAGUAAACCUAAUGAAGAACAAGAAACCAUAGUCGACGGAGAUCAAGCAGGCGUUGACUUAGAAGACAAUAACAAUGCACUACAAAAAGUAACAGAAGAUCCAACAAACAUGUUGAAGCUGAUUCUAAAAAUUAACAACAGUGAGACUGAUCAAAACAACUCGACUGUGAUGAACGAUAUUACUAAAACAAAUGAUUUUAAUAUCUCUUCGAGGACGCUUGAGAAAUGUUCCGCAUUACCUCAUCAGAUUAAUAUUCCUACGCCAAAGAAUCUACCAAAACCGCCCAAAUCUUGGAGGUCUCCUGUAGAAAAAUUGUGUAAAACACAGAGUGUAAAGGAAACGCAACACGCUGACAGUGUAAGCGCAACCGCACAUCCUUUACCACUUACACAAGGAAACCAACCCCCUGCUCGGCACAUUCCCCCACACAGCUAUCAACAACCUUUUGUUCAGAUGCGACCCUACCGCCCUCAUGUUAUGAUGCUUCCAACAAACCCACCACCAUUCAGAGGAUUUUUACCGCAGUGUCAACCAAUGCCCCGUUAUCAACGUAAUGCACCAGUGUUUAUGCAUCCAGUUUUACCACAACAGCAAUACCUGCCCCAGAAGCAACAAAUCUAUCGAACGCCCCCGCCGCCACCCUUUGUUCCGCGGCAGCAUGGGCCUAAUGGACCACAAAAUUUAAGUUUCAACAGAAAUACUCCGGCUGGAACUGGAGCGUUCGUUCCUCUGCAAGCUAUCAUCAACGCCAAGACUCGUAACAACACAGGAAACACUUCGAACAAGCAAACCAACAACCAUCAACAACGUCCCAAGCAGCAGCAGCCGCCGCCGCCUCCUCCAGUUUCAAACACUACAGUUUUCGCUAAACAGAAUGCCGAGCUCAGGCAGGCCGUAGAACAGAAGCAUGAAGAAGCAACCCAGGGUUUUGCUUCAUUUUUGGCAGCUGCACAAACCCCAGCUGUUGAAUUGCCUUUGAAAGUUGACGAAGCAAAAUCAGUUACACAAGCCACCUCAAAACCAACGGAGACAAGUAAAACGAUCAAAUCGUAUGCACAACAGCCAAGGCCUCGCCCGAUGCGUAUAGCAGCUAAAUUUUCACAGAUCGAACAGAACAGUAACUAAGUAAUAAGUUCUACACAAUCUAUAGCGCUGUGCUUUAAAAUAUACAUAAACCUUUAUUCGUGAUUAUUAUAAAACCGUUUAAUGAGUUAAACGAGUAUUGGCCAAUCUGCAAAACAAAUUAAAACAACAGAAUGGAACGAAAAUUUGAACAGAGAAAUAAACAUACAGGACAAUGUGAUAUCAUUUGCUGAUA